GGACAGUAUUUAAAAGAAAGUGGACUUGUUUUAGUUUAAAUUAUUCAGAUAUUUAUCGUAUUUAAUUAAUUUUAAAUAAACUACACAGCCUAGCUGCUGACGUUUAAAGAAAAUUUAAAGAAUACAUUUCUAUCAGUAAGUUCCGUCCUUUGGCAUUUUGCGCACCGCUUCUGUGUUUAUCCCUUGUCUUGAUUAUUUUACGUUUAUACUUUCCUGCUACAAUUUCUUCAUUUUUGUUGCAUCGGGAUUUAGUGCACGACAUUGUCCACAUCUACACCAUCUGUUACGGCGGUUUUAUGUUAAUUAUUAUAGGGUAGCAUGAGUUCUGCAAAGAAGGGUUCUGCUCCAGCCGCUGAGCCAGUUGCUGCUUUGGGUCCACAGAGUAAGGGUGAUCAUGUCUUUGGUGUAGCACAUAUAUACGCAUCAUUCAACGACACCUUUAUCCACGUCACCGAUCUAUCUGGAAGGGAAACUUUAGUCAGAGUCACUGGUGGUAUGAAGGUCAAGGCUGAUCGUGAUGAGUCCAGCCCAUAUGCGGCUAUGAUGGCAGCACAGGAUGUGGCUGCUAGAUUGAAGGAGUUGGGUAUUACUGCAGUUCAUGUUAAGCUUCGCGCUACUGGUGGAACAAGGUCAAAGACUCCAGGACCUGGAGCACAAUCUGCCUUGAGGUCCUUGGCUCGUUCUGGUCUUAAAAUUGGAAGAAUUGAGGAUGUAACUCCCAUUCCAACUGAUUCUACCAGAAGAAAGUGUGGUAGGAGAGGUAGAAGAUUGUAGGCAGGUGUAUGUACCACACAUUACAAUCUCUGUCAUGGUCUUAACAGCUGUGAUUUUUA